UGCUGCCCCCGCCCGGCCCCGCGCCCGCCCCGCGCCCCCGCCCGAUGCCCCGGCUGGACGAGCCGCGCCGGGCCCGCGCCCGUGCGCCGGGCGCCGCGCUGGCCGCGCGCGUCGGGGAGGUGCUGGCCCAGUCGGUGGCCGCGCCCGAGCCGGCCCCGGGGCGCCCGCGACCCCCGCCGCGGGGGCCGCCGCGCGUGCUGCAGCGCGGCCUGGUGCUCUUCUCGGUGGGCGCGCUGCUGGCGCUCGUGCUGAACCUGCUGCAGGUGCAGCGCUCCGUCACGCUCUUCCCCGACGAGCCGCUGGCCGCCGUCCUCGCCUCGGCCUGGUGGGUGCCGCCCUGCUGCGGCACGGCCGCGGCUGUGGUGGGCCUGCUGUACCCCUGCAUCGACAGCCACCUGGGUGAGCCGCACAAGUUCAAGCGGGAGUGGGCCAGCGUCAUGCGCUGCGUGGCCGUGUUCGUGGGCAUCAACCACGCCAGCGCCAAGUUGGAUUUUGCCAACAACGUGCAGCUCUCGCUGACCCUGGCAGCCCUGUCCCUGGGCCUCUGGUGGACAUUUGACCGUUCCCGGAGUGGCCUCGGCCUCGGGAUCACCAUUGCCUUCCUGGCCACACUCAUCACGCAGCUGCUGGUGUACAACGGCGUGUACCAGUACACGUCCCCAGACUUCCUGUACAUCCGCUCCUGGCUGCCUUGCAUCUUCUUUUCGGGGGGCGUGACGGUGGGCAACAUCGGGCGCCAGCUGGCCAUGGGUAGCCCCGAGAAGCCGCACAGUGACUGACCCCUGCCGCCCACCCAGGGCGCCUCUGGACCCUGCCACGAGAGGGUCUCCCCGCAGACCGCCCGUGGGCCGACGGGGCUCGCCCGGCCGCCGCUGCUUCUCGAGGACCCGCCGUUUGCCGCGGAGCCCGUUGCCAUACUUGAGAGCCGUAGGCUGACUCGGCUCACCGGCCUUUGGCCUCUCAUCAGAGCCCACGGGGGACGCCGGUGGUGCUUCAGUCGAUAGAGAAGGUUCUGGGACGGGCCGUGCUCCUGCCUGGGACCCACUGCCAGGAGCCGGUGCAGACAAUCGCGCGGGUAGGGCAGGAGGACUCCACGGUGCCCCAGCCUGGCCGCUCGGCUGGCCCCGGGCUUGCAGCCCUGCGGGACCUGCAAUCUCUUGAUUGCCAGUGGAGAGGCGUGUCCCCACAUGGCCGUGGGGCCCCCUGACCUCCGGGCCCGCCCCCGCACACAGCGUGGCCAGUGGCCGCAGGCUCCUCGCUUCAAGUGCAAUGUACCGAGAACCACCCUGAGCCUUGGACUCUCCAGAUAUUUAUUUUUGUGACCCGUUAGCACGAGGUUCUUCAUUUCAGCGCCCGGCACCCGGGCCCGGUCCCCAAAGCCCUCCAGCUCUGGAGGGUGCGGAAGUGUGUGACUUUCACGACCAGUUUACCGUUUUGUAUUCUGCCAUCGAGAUGUUUCUGGUUUCUUUGGAUUUGGUGGGGGGGGGGGUGAUGGAGACCCUCCCUUGUGGGGGGCGGGGCAGGCCGCGCCCCCCCGGGGGCUAUUGAGAGCCCGACCGGUCCCACUGAA